GGAAACUACAAGACGAAGAAGAAGAAGUAAACAAUUUAAACGCACCAGUCGCGAGGGAAUUUAAGCAGGUCUGUCCAUGAGGAAAAGUUGGAGUGACUGUAAUUGUGAUGAAGCAACAAUGUCUACAGUUGAGUAUUUGAGAGGGUUUGUCAGCGAGAGACUAACUGCUGCUGCUGAAGAAAUAUUGGGAGUUUUUGAGAAAACUAUCGUCGAGUACGAGAAAGAGAUCGACCGUCAGCGCAGACUGUUGGAUAUAGCUUGGAAACCGGAAGUAAGGUUAUACAGGACAGAGCUCCCACAGCAAGAUGUGUGUAAGGAGGAGGAGGUUGUCGCUGAGCAGCAGCUCUGUAUUGAGGAGAGGAGCUCCAGUGUGGACCAAGAGGAGCCAGAGCCUCCACAGAUUAAAGAGGAAGAGGAGGAAGUGUGCAGCAGUCAGGAGGGAGAGCAGCUUGAAGUGAAGCAGGAGACUGAGACCUUUCUAGUGACUCCUACUGAUGAGGAAAGUGAGCAGCAGCUCCUCUGUCACAGCUCUCAUGGAGCUGAGAGUGAAGAUGAGGAAGGAGACGAGCAAGGAGACUCAACAUCAAGUGGAGAAGCAGAGCCAGAACAACAGAAUAGACGUAACAAGCGCAGAAGUCACACUAACCGUGUAGACAACCCCAACUUAUCAGAGAUUGAUCAUAAUACUCACACAGGUAAAACACCUUUUAAAUGUGACACUUGUGGGAAAGCUUUCAAGUUUAAGUCUCAAUUUGAUAGACACCUGAGAGUCCACACAGGAGAGAAGCCGUUUUGUUGCAACACAUGUGGGAAAGAUUUCCGAUAUAAGAGCCACUUGAUUGGCCACAUGACAACCCACACAGGUGAGAAGCCAUUUCCUUGCAACACAUGUGGUAAAACAUUCAGUCAUAUGUCAGCUCUAAACAUUCACAACAGAGUCCACACAGGUGAGAAGCCGUACUGUUGCAACACCUGUGGGAAAACAUUCAAUCAAAUGUCAACUUUGAACGUUCAUAAAAGAAUCCACACAGGUGAGAAGCCGUAUUCUUGCAACACCUGUGGGAAAACAUGCUCUCGGAAAAAUGAUUUGAAAGUUCAUGCAAGAAUCCACACAGGUGAGAAGCCAUAUUGUUGUAGCACAUGUGGGAAAGGAUUUUCUCGGACAACAGAUUUGAAAGCUCAUGCUCAUAGAAUCCACACAGGUGAGAAGCCGUAUUGUUGCAACACCUGUAGGAAAACAUUCAGUCAUAUGUCAACUUUGAACGUUCAUAAAAGAAUCCACACAGGUGAGAAGCCGUAUUCUUGCAACACCUGUGGGAAAACAUGCUCUCGGAAAAAUGAUUUGAAAGUUCAUGCAAGAAUCCACACAGGUGAGAAGCCAUAUUCUUGUAGCACAUGUGGGAAAGGAUUUUCUCGGACAACAGAUUUGAAAGCUCAUGCUCAUAGAAUCCACACAGGUGAGAAGCCAUUUUCUUGUAAGACAUGCAGAAAAAACUUCAGAUUCAGUAAUCAAUUGUUGGUCCACAUUGGAAGAGCCCACACCGGUGAGAAGCCUUGUCUGUCCAUGAGGAAAAGUUGGAGUGACUGUAAUUGUGAUGAAGCAACAAUGUCUUCAGUUGAGUAUUUGAGAGGGUUUGUCAGCGAGAGACUAACUGCUGCUGCUGAAGAAAUAUUGGGAGUUUUUGAGAAAACUAUCGUCGAGUACGAGAAAGAGAUCGACCGUCAGCGCAGACUGUUGGAUAUAGCUUGGAAACCGGAAGUAAGGUUAUACAGGACAGAGCUCCCACAGCAAGAUGUGUGUAAGGAGGAGGAGGUUGUCGCUGAGCAGCAGCUCUGUAUUGAGGAGAGGAGCUCCAGUGUGGACCAAGAGGAGCCAGAGCCUCCACAGAUUAAAGAGGAAGAGGAGGAAGUGUGCAGCAGUCAGGAGGGAGAGCAGCUUGAAGUGAAGCAGGAGACUGAGACCUUUCUAGUGACUCCUACUGAUGAGGAAAGUGAGCAGCAGCUCCUCUGUCACAGCUCUCAUGGAGCUGAGAGUGAAGAUGAGGAAGGAGACGAGCAAGGAGACUCAACAUCAAGUGGAGAAGCAGAGCCAGAACAACAGAAUAGACGUAACAAGCGCAGAAGUCACACUAACCGUGUAGACAACCCCAACUUAUCAGAGAUUGAUCAUAAUACUCACACAGGUAAAACACCUUUUAAAUGUGACAAUUGUGGGAAAGCUUUCAAGUUUCAGUCUCGUUUUAAUUUACACCUGAGAAUCCACACAGGAGAGAAGCCGUAUUGUUGUAACACAUGUGGGAAAACAUUCAGUCAUAUGUCAACUCUGAACGUUCAUAAAAGAGUCCACACAGGUGAGAAGCCAUAUUGUUGCAACACAUGUGGAAAAGAUUUUCGAUAUAAGAGUCACUUGAUUCGCCACAUGAGAACCCACACAGGAGAGAAGCCAUUUCCUUGCAACACAUGUGGGAAAACAUUCAGUCUGAUGUCAACUCUAAAAGCUCAUAAAAGAGUCCACACAGGUGAGAAGCCUUAUUGUUGCAAAACAUGUGGAAAAGAUUUUCGAUAUACGAGUCACUUGAUUUGCCACAUGAGAACCCACACAGGAGGGAAGCCAUAUUCUUGCAGCACCUGUGGGAAAGGAUUCUUUCGGACAACAUAUUUGAGAACUCACAUGAGAGUCCACACAGGUGAGAAGCCUUAUUCUUGCAAAACCUGUGGAAAAUUUUUUAAACAGAGUGGAAACUUGUCGGACCACAUGAGAAGAGUCCACACAGGUAAAAAGCGUUCGUUUGCAGGAUCUGCAGGAAAAGAUACUUUGAGGGCUCUCCUCCCACAGCAAGAUGUGUGUAAGGAGGAGGAGGUUGUCGCUGAGCAGCAGCUCUGUAUUGAGGAGAGGAGCUCCAGUCUGUCCAUGAGGAAAAGUUGGAGUGACUGUAAUUGUGAUGAAGCAACAAUGUCUUCAGUUGAGUAUUUGAGAGGGUUUGUCAGCGAGAGACUAACUGCUGCUGCUGAAGAAAUAUUGGGAGUUUUUGAGAAAACUAUCGUCGAGUACGAGAAAGAGAUCGACCGUCAGCGCAGACUGUUGGAUAUAGCUUGGAAACCGGAAGUAAGGUUAUACAGGACAGAGCUCCCACAGCAAGAUGUGUGUAAGGAGGAGGAGGUUGUCGCUGAGCAGCAGCUCUGUAUUGAGGAGAGGAAGUCCAGUGUGGACCAAGAGGAGCCAGAGCCUCCACAGAUUAAAGAGGAAGAGGAGGAAGUGUGCAGCAGUCAGGAGGGAGAGCAGCUUGAAGUGAAGCAGGAGACUGAGACCUUUCUAGUGACUCCUAGUGAUGAGGAAAGUGAGCAGCAGCUCCUCUGUCACAGCUCUCAUGGAGCUGAGAGUGAAGAUGAGGAAGGAGACGAGCAAGGAGACUCAACAUCAAGUGGAGAAGCAGAGCCAGAACAACAGAAUAGAUGUCACAAGCGCAGAAGUCACACUAACCGUGUAGACAACCCCAAUUUAUCAGAGAUUGAUCAUAAUACUCACACAGGUAAAACACCUUUUAAAUGUGACACUUGUGGGAAAGCUUUCAAGUUUAAGUCUCGUUUUGAUAGACACCUGAGAAUCCACACAGGAGAGAAGCCGUAUUGUUGUAACACAUGUGGGAAAACAUUCAAUCGAAAGUCAACUCUGAACGUUCAUAAAAGAGUCCACACAGGUGAGAAGCCGUAUUGUUGCAACACAUGUGGAAAAGAUUUCCGAUGUAAGAGUCACUUGAUUCGCCACAUGAGAACCCACACAGGAGAGAAGCCAUUUGAAUGUGAGACAUGUGGGAAAGAUUUCACACAAAGAGCUCUCUUGAAAGAACACCUGACAUUCCACACAGGUGAGAAGCCAUAUUCUUGCAGCACAUGUGGGAAAGGAUUCUCUCGGACAACACAUUUGAAAAUUCAUGCAAGAAUCCACACAGGUGAGAAGCCGUAUUCUUGCAAGACCUGUGGAAAACAUUUUCGACAUAAUAAUGCCUUGUUAGUCCACAUGAGAGUCCACACAGCUGAGAGACCGCAUUCUUGCAAAACCUGUGGAAAAGAUUUUCGACGGAGCAGUACCUUGUUAGUCCACAUUAGAAGAGCCCACACCGGUGAGAAGCCGUACCUUUGCAAGAUCUGCGGGAAAAGAUACUUUAAUGGGUCUCAUUUAACAAGGCACAUGAAAUCACAUACAGGCAAGUAGCCUUGUAUUUCAGAAAACAUAUAGGAGACAAUUCAGUUCUCAUGGCUCAUAGUUUAAAUUCACAGGAACUCAGAGAAGUGAGGAGCCACAGAAUAAUAGCACGUUGAAAAACACACUUAAAAAAACUCCCAACACGUCUUGCCAACUCGGGUCUUGACUCUUUUUGUGUGUGUGAUCUUUAUUUUGAUAUUUGUUUGGUAUUUUGUAAAUGCAUGAACGCCACAGCUGACUACAAACUAAACUGUAGAUGAUGUACUCCAUGGUGCUGUCAACAGAUCACCUUAUAAAGUAGUAAUGAAAAGUGAAUGAAUAUUAAUGAUCUGUGCCCAAAGACGUGUGUUCUCUUUUUUUAACUCAUCUAUGUAUCCAAACACUAAAGCUUUGUACUGUGAUGAUUUAACAAUAAUAAACCCUCUAGAGGUGUUGGAUCACUUACGUUUUCA